CGAACGAGAGAGAGAGAAGAGAGAAAAAGGAAAAGAAGCCAAAACUGCUAUAAAUAGUUGAUGAUGGGAGGAAGGCGAUGGCCACGCCAGAAAAACCCAACCAUUAACCCCAAAGGAAACGCCAUUAUAUAUAUUUUAGCAACAAUUAGCAGCUAGCACCACACCCACCCACACUCCAUACCUGUCCCAAAAUAAAGCUUCUUCUUCUCCCUCCCUCCCUCCUUUCAUCCCCUUCCCUUAAACAAACAUUUGUUUCUAUUGUUAGCAUCCCCCUUGUGAUAAUAAUUACACAACGGGGUAGCCAAAGAUUUCAUUGUCCCCAGCUGAAUAUCCUCCCAAUCUCCUCCCUUAGCUGGAUUCUCUUCUGGGUUCUCCCCAUUUUGCCAUUUCUGGAGAUCCCAUCCAGUUUUUCUGAGGUUCUGGGUGGGGGGAAGAAAAGGGUCUUGUUCUGUUUUCCUUUUUCUGUUGAGGGGAUUUCACAGCUGAAGUUUGGCAUUUUGGGUUGUGGAGAACGGGGAAGAAGGUGAAAUGGAGAACAAAAGGGCGCUUCUAUCUGCUUUGAGCGUGGGAGUUGGGGUUGGAGUUGGGCUUGGGAUAGCAUCUGGGCAAAGCAUUAGCAGAUGGACUGUGGGGAAUGGCUCUUCAGAUGGUGUCUCACCUGAACAAAUUGAGCACGAGUUGAUGAGGCAGCUCAUUGAUGGCAGAGAUAGCAAGAUCACCUUUGAAGAUUUCCCCUAUUUUCUAAGUGAAAGGACAAGGAUUUUGUUGACAAGUGCUGCAUAUGUGCAUCUGAAGGACUUUGAUUUCUCAAAGCAUACUCGAAACCUUUCACCUGCCAGCAGGACUAUCUUGCUCUCUGGACCUUUUGAAUUGUAUCAGCAAAUGCUUGCUAGAGCUUUAGCACAUCAUUUUGACUCAAAGCUUCUGUUGUUGGAUGCUACUGACUUUUCUGUUAAGUUACUAAACAAAUAUGGUUGCACCAAAAAAGAACCGUCGCUAAAGAAGUCUUUAUCAGAGCUAGCCUUGGAAGGAAUGUCUGGUUUGCUUGGUUCUUUUGCCAUGCUUCCUCCAAGAGAGUUCAAACAAGGGCCAUUACGUCGACAAGCAAGUUCUUCGGAUGUGAAAUCAUCGAGGGGCAUGGAUGGUAGCAAUCCCCCGAAGCUCCGUAGGAAUUCAUCCAUAUCAUCUGAUAUAAGUAGCGUUUCUUCCCAACCUGCAAGUAAUCAAGCUUCUCUCAGAAGGACGAAUGGCUGGUGCUUUGAUGAGAAACUCUUCCUGCAAUCACUGUACAAGGUGUUGGUCACUGUAUCAGAAAGAAGUCCCUUAAUCCUAUAUGUUAGAGAUGUGGAGAAGCUCCUUCUUCAAUCACAAAGAAUGUUCGUCUUGUUCGACAAAAUGCUGAAGAAAAUCUCAGGUUCAGUCCUGAUCCUGGGAUCCCAAACACUGGACCAAGAAGACAGUGCGGAAAUUGACGAGAGACUUAUGACACUGUUCCAAUACUGCAUCGACAUUAAACCGCCAGAAGAUGAAGCCAAUCUUGUCAACUGGAAAGCACAGCUGGAAGAAGACAUGAAGUUGCUUCAGAUACAAGACAACAGAAACCACAUUGCUGAGGUGCUUGCAGCAAAUGACAUCGAAUGCGAUGAUCUGGGCUCAAUUUGCCAUGCUGACACUGUGGUACUGAGCAAUUACAUACAAGAGAUAGUGGUAUCUGCUAUAUCGUAUCAUCUGAUGAACGAUAAGGACCCAGAGUAUCGUAAUGGGAGGCUUGUUAUUUCAGCAAAGAGCUUGUCUCAGGGUUUGAACAUAUUCCAGGAAGGGAAAACUGGUGGGAAAGAUAUUUUAAAGAUGGAGACAAAUGCUGAGGGUGGCAAGAAAGCACCUGUAAUUGAGAUGACUAUCUUUGAUGCUUCUUACAAUCUAUUCUUCUCACAUUCUACAAAUUUCAUAGAAAUUUAUGCAUUUGAACAAUCCAUCAUCCAAACAUACCCCUCACUUUUGUUUCUUAUUCUUGCACAGGAAGUUCCGGACAAUGAGUUUGAAAAACGGAUUAGGCCAGAGGUGAUCCCUGCAAAUGAGAUAGGGGUUACAUUUGCAGACAUUGGUGCACUAGAGGAAAUCAAAGAAUCUCUUCAGGAGUUGGUCAUGCUCCCUCUCAGAAGGCCUGAUCUCUUCAAUGGAGGCCUCCUCAAGCCCUGCAGAGGCAUAUUGCUGUUUGGUCCUCCAGGGACUGGGAAGACAAUGCUGGCAAAGGCCAUUGCAAAUGAAGCUGGAGCAAGUUUCAUCAAUGUUUCGAUGUCUACCAUAACUUCGAAGUGGUUCGGUGAAGAUGAGAAGAAUGUACGAGCUCUGUUCACUCUGGCAGCCAAGGUGUCUCCUACUAUCAUAUUUGUGGAUGAGGUUGACAGCAUGCUCGGGCAGAGGACUAGAGUCGGAGAGCAUGAGGCGAUGAGGAAGAUCAAGAAUGAAUUCAUGUCACAUUGGGAUGGGCUAUUGACAAAGACUGGUGAGCGCAUUCUGGUCCUUGCUGCUACUAAUCGACCCUUUGAUCUUGAUGAAGCGAUCAUCAGGAGGUUCGAGCGCAGAAUCAUGGUUGGUCUACCAAGUGUCGAGAACAGAGAAAUGAUCUUGAAAACUCUACUGUCGAAAGAAAAGACUGAAGAUUUGGACUUCAAGGAGCUUGCAAUAAUGACGGAAGGGUUUAGUGGAAGUGAUCUCAAGAACUUGUGUGUCACAGCUGCUUAUCGACCAGUCAGAGAACUAAUACAGAAGGAGAGAUUGAAGGAGAAAAAGAAGAAAGCAACAGAGGAAGCAACAACAAGCUCCGAAAAUGGUUCUGAAUCGGAUGCAGCCAAGGAAGAAGCUAAAGAGGACCGAGUAAUCAUCCUUAGAGCCUUGGACAUGGAAGACCUGAGGCAGGCAAAGAACCAGGUUGCUGCAAGUUUUGCCUCUGAGGGAUCGGUGAUGAGCGAGCUAAAACAAUGGAACGAAUUAUACGGAGAAGGAGGUUCGAGGAAGAAGCAACAGCUUUCAUACUUCCUCUAAAGACAUUGUAGAAAACCCCACCAACCAAGUCCACAUAUAUAUAUAUUAAACCACUCUAGAAUUCUUUCUGGGGGAAAAGAUGGUCUUGCUGAAAAUGUGAUUAUUUCUAGAGGAAGACGCCAACAUUCCAUAGUACCCACACUUCUAGCACUGCUUCUGAAUGAAUCAUUGAGCAAUCAGAGACAAGAAGCGACGGCGAGUCAGAAUCUCUCAGCGAGCUAUCUAGCAACAGGCAAUUGUGUGCAUCAAAUCCGUACAUCCUAAUGAUUGCUGAUUACUUGGAGAAGGGGAGAGGGUUAUCGGUGCUGUAAAGAAGAGUAACCACCACUACCACCACCAUUGCCAAGGCUUCUACUAAGUAGAGUGUAGUUAUAUGUGUUUGUGUGUGGCAGUUAAGAAAAUCCAGAGCUUAGUUUGCAUAUCAUUUUUUCUUUUUUUUUUGGAAAGCUGCUAUGAAAAUGCAGAAACACCUUGUUCAUAAUGUAUGUAUCAUUCUAUAGUGUUUUCUAAGUAUUCAGUUUGUUUGAUUUAUAAAUAGAACGAGUGUUUCUCUGUUCUUCCUUCAGCUAUUAAGUUGUUCAGAGGUAGGAAUGCAGAAUGCAGAAUGCUGGUGUUAUACUAUGAUGAUAUGAUUAAGAGAAAACAUUCAGUUCCA